GCGUUAGCAUAUCAGUUGAUAUCAGCAGUCUCCUCGGUCAUGUGCAUGUCAUAUGUCAGCAACAUAUAUAAACAUAUUAUUUGAUUAUUUUUAUUUACCAAUCUUACAGUUCUGAUUUAAUAUUAAUAUUAAAUUCGUAACAUUCAUCUUACUCUAGCAUCAUGGAUCAGGAUAUACGUACUCUUUGGUGUGGAAAUUUGAGUCAAAACGUAACGGAGGAAAUUCUGUAUGAAUUGUUUUUGCAGGGUGGUCCUGUACAAAGUGUUACUAUCCCUAAAGAUCGUGAUGGCAAGCAAAGAGCAUAUGCGUUUAUAACAUAUAAACACGUCGAUUCUGUACACUAUGCUUUGGAACUAUUUGAUGGUACAGCCUUAUUCAAUCGUACUCUUAAUAUGAGGCGUAGGAAAAAUGUAGAUUUGCCACAGAUUAGUUAUCCACAGGAUCAUUCAAUUCAGUUGAAUCAUUGGCUUCAGUUAGGCCAAGAAAUGUUGUUAGGAAAUGUAUCUCAUCUGCAAGGGAUUUCAUUAGGAUAUGCAAAUGAUUUGAACAUGUUACCUAACAUUAAUACAUCUGCAUUAACAAGUCUGCAUAAUAUGAAACAAACAGAUAAUUAUUCUUACAAAGAUGAUAGAAGAUCACGACGGGCACAUCCGUAUCACAGAGAACAAAGUAAAAGUAAUAAGGAAAGCCAUCAUAGGGUCCAUAAUUCUAGGAAUCAUAAUCGCAGAUCGCCGCCCAGACGAGUUUAUAGAAAUAAUAAUCAUAGUCAUCGUUAAUAUAUUCAGUAACUUAAAAUUUUUUAACAAAUAUAAAAUCUUUGUUUACAGUUGUCAAGUUAGAUAUAGUCAUAAUGAUAGAUUUGAUUAGUAUAUUUGUGAACAUACAUUUUUAAAAGACUGUACAAUAUUUUGAUUCUUUAUUCCCUUAUUUACAUGUAUCAUAUCGAUUAAAUAUGUCCUGAUAGGUACGUCGCGAGGAACAUAAUUUAUCUUUCCCGGGAACUUCUAUAUUUUGAUUUAUUACAUGUACAGCUUUUUCGGCAAUCAUUUUAACUGCAGCAUUAAUAUUACCACUUGGUAAAGAUGCAAAUACGGAUGCAUCUAUUAUGUAUAAAUUUGUUGUACCGUAGACUCUGUAAAAACAAUUAUUUUUUUGUAAAUGUGUGUCUGAGACAGAGAUAGAUUCCAUUUUUGGGAUUGGAUGGUCCAUUUCUGUUGUUAAUACUUCAUGUAAGAAAUGUAUAAGAU